AGUUGAUCGAUCAACAUGAAGCGGUUUGUAUUUCUUUCCUGCAUUUUGGCUGUGGCCAGUGCCGUGCCCACCGAGGUGUCCCACCCCGUGCCUGUUAGGGACAUGCCAAGUGCGGCAAAGAUCGAGGGACGCAUCACCAACGGCUAUCCGGCAUACGAGGGCAAGGUGCCGUACAUUGUGGGGCUGAGCUUCAACGACAACUACUGGUGCGGUGGCUCCAUCAUUGGCCACAACUGGAUCCUCACCGCCGCCCACUGCACGCGGGAGGCCAACCAUGUGCUGAUCUACUACGGCGCCAGCUUCCGGCACGAGGCACAGUUCACCCACUGGGUGAGCCGCGACGACAUGAUCACGCAUCCCGACUUCAACGACUUCCUGAACAACGACAUUGCCCUCAUUCGCACUCCGCACGUGGACUUCUGGUCGCUGGUGAACCGCGUGGAGCUGCCCAGCUUCAAUGAUCGAUACAACAGCUUCGCCGGCUGGUGGGCGGUGGCCUCCGGCUGGGGCCACACCUCCAAUGACAGCGGCAUGUCCGCCUACCUCAACUGCGUCGAUGUGCAGCUGAUGGACAACAACGACUGCCGCAACGUCUACGGCGGCAGCUACAUCACCGACAACACCAUCUGCAUCCAGACCCACGGCGCCCAGUCCACCUGCAACGGUGACUCCGGCGGUCCCCUGGUCCUGCACGAGGGCAAUCGCAUCGUGGGCAUCACCUCCUUUGGCCACUGGGCUGGAUGCACGGCCGGGGAGCCAGCAGGCUUUACCCGCGUCACCGGCUACCUCGAAUGGAUCCGCGACCACACUGGAAUUUCCUACUAAUAAAUAAAUAAAUCAU